AUGGCCAAGGAUACGAAGAUUAUGCUGGGAAAUGUAUGGCCCGAACGUAACACGGCCUUCCCCGACUUCCUCGACCCAACCAACAUCACCAACAACUGGUGGACCGCCGAAUUUGCCCGCUUCCACAAUACCCUUGGCUUCGAUGGCAUCUGGAUCGACAUGAACGAGCCAUCAAACUUUGACACGAACGUCUAUUCUUCGAAUCGUAUUGAUGGCGAGGCGCCGACGGGGGAUAAGCUCGCUUGUCCCAUAUCCGGAGCCGACGGAAAACUGGACAAUCCACCCUACCCAACGCAGGCGGUUUACUUACAUAUGGGCGAGUACUUGUGCUCGAAAACGUUAUGUAUGAAUGGGAAGACGACGAGGGGUACGCAAGACUUCUACAAUACGAAGAACCUCUAUGGGUGGUCCGAGGCUCGUGCCACGUCAGCAGCUCUUUCUGCAGCCACCGGAAAGCGUGGAGCCGUCAUUUCACGCUCAACCUUCAUCUCUUCCGGUCGUUAUGCUGGUCAUUGGCUCGGGGAUAACACUGCCAGAUGGGAGGAUCUGCAGACGUCAGUUAUUGGGGCGAUGGAGUUCAACCUGUUCGGCAUCCCCUACGUUGGAUCGGAUAUUUGCGGAUUUAAUGGAAAAACGACAGAAGAGCUCUGCCUCCGCUGGCAUCAGAUGGGAGCUUUCCACUCGUUCUCCAGGAAUCACAACACGCAGGGAGACCCAGCACAAGAUCCAGCCGUCUGGCCCUCCGUCGCGUUGGCGGCCAAGAUUGCGCUAAUGUUCCGCUAUCAAUACCUACCGUAUCUUUACAGCCUCCACUACCGCGCCUCGCUAUUCGGAGCGACCGUCAUCCGGCCACUCUUCUUCGAAUUUCCCACCGAUUCCGAGACGUUCACCAUCGACCGCCAAUUCUUGUGGGGGUCGGCGUUGAUGAUUGCCCCGGCGCUGGAUCCGGGCGUCACAACCGUCCGCGCCUAUUUCCCCUCGGAUCGUUGGUAUUCACUCCAGAAUGAGACAUAUGGACAGCAGAUGCCAGUCGGCUUCAACACCGUCCCAGCCCUCACCACGGCCCUGACACCCGUUUUUGUGAGGGGCGGCUACAUCCUCCCCCGCCAAGGCCCAGCCACGACCACGACCGCCGCCCGGAAGAACCCGUUCGAGAUCCUGAUCACUGUCGCCGGAAAUGGCGGUUCUACCGGUGAACUCUAUUAUGAUGACGGUGAAUCGUUGUCCGACGAUAUCUUGAGCAAUCCCCAUUUCUACUUCAACUUUUCGUAUGCGGCCACCGACGGUCAGGCGACAGUGAAUAUUGGGUGUAGCAGUCCGAUGGAGCUAACCCUUCCCACCCUUGACGUCAUCGAAAUCUUUGGCUACGCGUACACGCCCGACUACACGAGUUUCUACUGGAACGGCAACAAGCUGAACGUGAACGUGCAGACGUCGUCGUACAACGCGCUGCGCCGAAUUUUGACGCUGCGCACGGUGGGGCUGAUCGAUCUGAAUGUCGCCGCGCAACGCACCAACGACGUCCUCACGUGGACGCAUAGGAAGAAU